CCUUCAAGGCCCACCCAACCUUGGUGAGGACCCAGGUCACCAUGGGGACGUUGGUGGUGGGCGCCGAACGCUACGAGGUGGUGGGCGCCGUGGGGCGGGGGACCUUCGGGGAGGUGACACGAGGUUGGCGGAGGAGCACGGGGGAGAUGGUGGCCAUCAAGAUCUUGAGGAACGAAGGUCACCGUGGCCAAGUGGCCAAAAACGAGUUGAGGUUGCUCCGGGCUUUGAGGGAGGUGGACGCCGAAGAGUCGCACGUGGUCCGGUUCCUGGAGUCCUUCACCGACGGCGUCUUCACCUACUUGGUCUUCGAGUUGUUGGAGAGGAACCUCUUGGAUUUCCAAAAACAGAACAACUUCUCGCCGUUGCCCGUCCGUCACAUCCGCACCAUCACGGCCCAAGUGUUGGCCGCUUUGGUCAAGUUGAAGGAGCUUUCCAUCAUCCACGCCGACCUCAAACCGGAGAACAUCAUGUUGGUUGACCACGCCCGUUAUCCUUUUCGGGUCAAACUCAUCGAUUUUGGUUCCUCCAGCAUCUUCCCCGAAAUCCGGCACGUGGAGGAACCCUACAUCCAAUCCCGUUUCUACCGGGCCCCCGAAAUCUUGUUGGGUUUGCCCUUCUGCGAGAAGGUGGACGUCUGGUCUUUGGGUUGCGUGGUGGCCGAGCUCCACUUGGGUUGGCCCCUCUACCCGGGCCUCAACGAGUACGAGCAGGUCCGUUACAUCUGCUCCACCUUGGGCCUACCUCGGGGCGAGCUCCUCCGCGCCGCCCGCAAGACGUGGACCUUCUUCCGUUGGGUUCCUCAUCCCACCGGUUCUUGGCAGCUCAAACCACCGGGCGAAGCGACGGCGAAACCACCGGAGAGGAGGAAAUACGUCUUCUCCUCUUUGGACCAGUUGGCCGUGGUCAACCUCAUCCGGCCGACGUCUUCUCCCAACCAGGAGGUCUUGGCCGAGAGGUGCGACCUCCGGGGGAUGGUGGAGUUGGUCAAGAGGAUGCUCACCUGGGACUCGCACGAGAGGAUCGUGCCCAGCGCCGCCCUCCAACACCCCUUCAUCUCCUUGCAGCAGGUCAAGGCCGGCUUCGGGGCCACCAGGUACUACCAGCUCUGCCAAGAAGACCUGAGGGCAUCACGGAAGGGUGACCUCAAGGGGGUCCAGACCUUCUCCGACCAUGAGGAUGGUGCCUUCGGCCCCACCAGUCGUCGCGGCAUCCAGAAGACCAUCAACCGGAUGGAUGGGUUGAGCUUGGCCAAGCCCGUUGGGGUCAUGGGGGACGUCAAGCGCCGGGAGGUCCACCAGGUCCUCGUCCCCCCACGUCCUGACCCACGGUGGUGCCACCAGAGUCACCCACGGCCCGAGAUGGGACCCACCGGGGUGUUGGGGUCCCUCCAAGGGUGGCAGGAGAGAGGUCACGGCCGAGGUGGGGUGGGCUUUGGUGGCCCCACGGAGAAGAACCCGCCCGGGGAACCCUACGCCUCGUCCCACGGCCAGGAUGGUGCCUUCGGCCCCACCAGUCGUCGUGGCAUCCAGAAGACCAUCAACCGGAUGGAUGGGUUGAGCUUGGCCAAGCCCGUUGGGGUCAUGGGGGACGUCAAGCGCCGGGAGGUCCACCAGGUCCUCGUCCCCCCACGUCCUGACCCACGGUGGUGCCACCAGAGUCACCCACGGCCCGAGAUGGGACCCACCGGGGUGUUGGGGUCCCUCCAAGGGUGGCAGGAGAGAGGUCACGGCCGAGGUGGGGUGGGCUUUGGUGGCCCCACGGAGAAGAACCCGCCCGGGGAACCCUACGCCUCGUCCCACGGCCAG